UUUGCCCAGAGACUACAUCACAAGGAGAACCAGGGGUAUACAUAGAUAGAUAUGUCGGAUGAAGAAGAAAGAAUCAACGAAGAAGAAUUAAAUGAUGAAGUUGAUGAAUUGUUUGGAGAUGACGAUGAUGAUGAAAUUCAAGACAACAAAAGAAAAUCCACGAAAGUAGAAGCUGAUGAAGAUGAUGAAGACGACGAAUCUGAAACCGACAAUCAAGAUUACUCAGAAACUAGUAACCAAGUGGUUGAUAUUUCAUUGCCUCGUCAUGCCAUUGCACAAGUUCCAGAAAAGGAUACAUAUAUGUUGAAAAUGCCAGUUUUCUUAAAUGUUGAAGCCCACCCAUUCGAUCCUAAUGAAUUUAAAGCUAGAAUUAAAGAAAAUGCCGAAUUGCGUCAAAAAACUGAUUUAACUGAGAAACAAAAACACAAUGAUUUGGUUUCAGAAAAGUUAACCAAUGAAAAUACAAUUAGAUGGAGAUACUCAAAUUUGAAUGAUGAAAUUAUUAAGCAAUCCAAUGCACAUUUCAUUCAAUGGGAUGACGGAUCCUUAUCAUUGAAAAUUGGUCAAGAAUUAUUUGAUUUGAAAGAAUUGCCGAUCUUUGAUAAUUAUCUUGUUAGAAGUCACGACAGUUUAGAAAUUUUGCAAAAUGAUUCCAUAAUAACCAAAACCAUAAAUUUGUUGCCAGCAUCUACUUCAACUUCCACUCAUAGAAAAUUAACUCAGGCAGUUAAGAAUAUUCAAAAGAAAGCUAAGAUCUUGGGUACUAUUACCGAUGAUGAUCCAUUAAAGAAACAAAGACUAGCUGACGAAUAUGAACGUAAGACUUUGAAGAUGAAACGACAAUUAGAAUCUAAAAGAAGAUUACAAGAAGAAAGAUUGGAAAGAAGUAAUUCCCCUAGUUUACGAACUAAUGAACGUCCAUCUGCUUACGAACGAUAUGCUAGAACAUACGGUGAAGAUGAAUAUGAAGAGGAUGACUUUGUAGCCAAUGACGAAGAAGAUGAAGGUAUGUAUGACGAUGAAGAGGAAGAGGAAGAAGAGGAAUCUGGAGAAGAGGAAGAACAAGAAUUCGAAAAAGGAGCUGAAAGAUUGAGAAAAUUAAAAGAAGAAGGUGCAUCUAAAUAUAGAGAAAGGUCACAUGAUUCUGAAGCCGAUGAAGAAGCUAAGACUAGGAAAAAGAGAAGAAUCAUUGAUUCUGACGAUGAGGAAGAUUAGAUUUGUAUUAUAGUAGUGUGUGUACUAUUUAAGAUAAUUUCACCCCAAAGGGGAAGUUUCUAUUGGUAAUCGCCG